AUGGCAGAUGCUGGUUUCUUCAAGGGCACUUCAGCCGACCAAGACCGGCGGUUUUCAGACAAGGAGCUCAAGCUCCUCAAAACCAUGAAGUUCCCACCAGAGUUCGAGAAAAAGGUCGACAUGCGCAAGGUUAACCUGUCAGUCAUCCGUCCGUGGAUCGUGAAGAAGGUCAUAGAGCUGGUCGGCUUCGAGGACGAGGUGGUCGUGGAGUACGCGAUGGGAUUGCUGGAAGAUGAUGCAGCACCGACUCCCGACCCGCGCAGGAUGCAAAUCAAUCUGACUGGUUUCCUUACAAAAUCGACACCUGCAUUCAUGUCUGCUUUGUGGCAGUUGCUUCUCGAGGCACAAGAAUCGCCUGCAGGUGUGCCACGCACCUUUGUCGAAGAGAAGAAAGCGGAGAUGCGUCAGGCCAAGGCUGGCGACAGCCUGAGCGCGACGCGCGUGGCGGAGCGCGUGGAAGAGGCCGUGGAAGAGGCCGAGGUGGCAGAGGCUUUUCAGACGAUCGCGGCGGGGACAGAGCACGAGACAGUGGAUGGGGCAACAGAGGCGGGGACCGCCCCGGCGCCGCUCAAUGUCCAGAUCACCCCCACCUCGUUCCCCGCCUCCCCGGAGGCGAAGAUCUCCCUCCCGCGACAGCGCACGCAGCUCUCGCUCCCCGUCGCGCUCGCGCACUCCCCCUCCUCGUCGCUACCGCUCUCCCCCGCGAGGGGGCCGUUCUCUCUCCCGCACACCUCCCCGUCGGAGGCGCUCCCUGCCGCCACGAUCCCUAUCUCGUUCGCGUUCUCCGCCGCCACCAAGACGCCGUCUGCGCUCUCCUUCUGUCUCCCCGCCACGAGACAGGCGUCCGAGGGACUCUAG